AUGGAAAGCACGUUUCUUAAGAGAUUUCAUGGCAGAAUUAUAUCAAUGUAUACCCCAGAUUUAUUAGAAUAUUCAGUCCCAGUCGAUAAAACACUGAAACCAAGCCAGCUUUAUUCAAAAACUCCAAUAAUUAAAAAUCCCAACUAUAAAAACGCUUCACAACACCCCAUAAAACCAAAAUCCACAAAAAAUCCACCAAAUCUUGAUAUAGAUAUUUUACCAAAAAUAAAAAUCCGCAGCUUUUCUCCUUAUCCUACUUCAAAUAUAAGCGAAAACCCUUUCAAAAAUAAAGCAUUAAAGCCAAAAUCUCCUGAGGUAUUACAAGAUCAAAAAAAUAAAUUUAGCAAAAUUAUUAAUCGCCCAAGCCUAGAUUAUAAAAAAAGGUAUGAAAAAUUAAAUAAAACUUAUGAUAUAUACCUUAUAUAAGAAAUUAAAUUGAUUUUUAAAAUAAUAUAAAUAAUUUGAAAAACUGGUCAUAUAGUAUAAACCUUGAUUUUUCACCAUUAGAAAAAUCAAAAAUUCUUAAAAAAGAGUUUGAGCUGGCAACUUCUGAACCUCAUCAAAUACAAUCGCCUUUAUCAAAAAACCCUAGAAAUAGAUCUCCAACUUUUUCUGACUAUAACAGCAAAUCAGAAAACGAAGGAUCUCAGCCGUUCAAACUUGAAGCUUUAAAUGGUUAUAAUAAAAUAAAACCAAAGAAGCUAAUAGGGCUUCCACUGUAA